UAUUCACGUAAAUCAUGGGUUUGUUGAUUGAUAAGAAAACUCUCGAACAAAGGUAGUCAAAAAUUUGCAAGUGAUUAUUUCCGCUAUUGGAAUUUCCCAAGAACAGGUGAGAUUAAGGAGGACUAUAUAGAUAUGAUAACUCUAUCUGUGCGUACAAGUGUUUGAGUUUGGCAUUCUUUACGUCAACAAGUGCAUUGUGGAAGCAAUAUUGAUUCUAGUGAGUUGUGCAACAUCAAAAACAGAAAUGAGUAUUGUUUGUUUUUGGGUCCUUGGGGUAGUCCUUCUCGCAGGUACUGACGCCCGCAAACCUCCCAUAGACGGCCGAAUUGUAGGUGGUAAGGCAACCACCAUCGAAGAACACCCCUUCCAAGUGUCCGUCAUCUACGUCGACAGCCACUACUGCGGCGGUUCCAUCUUGAACUCCAACUACAUAUUAACAGCAGCCCAUUGCACUAACCAGGUUGCAGCCCAAAACCUCUACAUCCGAGCCGGAUCGACGAUAAUGAACGAAGGUGGACAGCUACGCCAAGUGGAGAAAUAUUUCCAGCACGAAAAGUUUGACCCGGUUACCUACGACUACGAUAUCUCCAUUUUGAAGUUAUCAGAAGGGUUGAUUUUUGGGGAUGGUGUGGCAGCUGUUGAUUUACCACCACAGAGUGAAGAUGAUGUUCCUGGAGAUAUCAUGGGGACGGCUACGGGGUGGGGAAGGUUGUCGCUUAAUGGUCCUCUACCUUUAGAAUUGCAAGAAGUUGAUUUGCCGACUCUUAAGCCUGAUAUUUGUAGGCUGGUGUAUGGUCCUAGUAUGACGUCGAGGAUGCUUUGUGCUGGGUAUAUACAGGGUCAAAAGGAUACUUGCCAGGGCGAUUCUGGAGGUCCGUUUGUCGGUGAUGGGGUUCUUAUUGGAGUUACGUCGUGGGGUGAUGGAUGUGGGGCCCCUCAGAGUCCUGGGGUUUACGUCAAAGUGCAGUAUUUUAGAGAAUACAUUGAUAAUAUCAUCAACAGCUAGACUAAACUUUGUGGAUUUGUUUUUACCUGAUUUUUAUGGUUGUGUUUACGAUUUUUUGUGAAAUAAUAAUUUAUUGUUAUUAAACUA